UGUGAAAUCAACAGUGCUCCCCAACAAAGUGGUGAGAGAGAGAGUGCCCCACCAUACCUGCAGGCAGAGAGAGUGCUCUUCGUAUCAGAAACAACAAUAACAUAACAGUUCGUUGAAAUUGUGCUCCACUAAACAUUGUGAUUGUGAGAGGGAGAGGCGAGUGUGAGUUGAUUGUUGCUUUAUUUUUUCUGUUUGGGGAGACUUUCGAAUUGCCUGCAUGCAGCCAACGCCGCUGAGUUGAGUUGGAGCCGUUAAACGUACAACAUCGGUUGUUCGCUUGUUUUUCUCGUUCAUUUUUGUGCCUAUUGCCGUUGGUUCUUUGAUACGCGUGUGUGUUUCUUCGCCGCCCGAAAAAUAUCGUUUUUUUUGCGCUUACUUGAAUUUUUUUACACUAAUUUCUCCCAAAAUUAUCUCUGGUGUUCAACGAAAAAUAUCUUGAGCGAUUGUGUCUUUGCUUGUUGUGUGAGAGCGCGAACGAAAAGAAAGCCAGAAAAACAAACCAAGUAAAACGCACAGUCCCCCCCUCAAGCAACAAAAACAAGCACUUUGCACAUCGAAUCCCAACACAUAAGAUUUAUUUAUGGCCGAAAGUAAAGGAAGCAUGUUGGCGAAAUCUGUACAAAAACACGCUGGACGUGCCAAAGAAAAGAUUUUACAAAAUUUGGGUAAAGUUGAUCGCACCGCAGAUGAAAUUUUCGAUGAUCAUUUGAAUAAUUUCAAUCGCCAACAACAAAAUGCCAAUAGAUUACAAAAAGAAUUCAAUAAUUACAUUAGAUGUAUAAGAGCUGCACAAAUUGCAUCCAAAUCCUUGAUGGAUGCCAUAUUUGAAAUCUAUGAGCCCCAAUGGAGCGGUUAUGAUGCUCUCAGUGCACAAGUCCAAUCGGCCGAAUCAUUAUGGCAGGAUUUCUCCCACAAAUUGGCCGAUCAAGUAUUGAUUCCAUUGAACACCUAUACAGGACAAUUUCCAGAAAUGAAGAAAAAAGUCGAAAAGCGCAACAGAAAACUCAUCGAUUAUGAUAGUCAACGUCACUCGUUCCAAAGUCUACAGGCCAAUGCCAACAAACGUAAAGACGAUGUGAAAUUGACCAAGGGCCGGGAACAGUUGGAGGAAGCCAGACGCACAUAUGAACUAUUGAACACUGAAUUGCACGAUGAACUACCGGCCUUGUAUGAAUCGAGAAUAUUGUUUUUGGUUACCAAUUUGCAGACCCUCUUUGCCACAGAACAAGUUUUCCACAAUGAAACGGCUAAGAUCUACUCCGAACUUGAGGCCAUUGUUGACAAAUUGGCUACAGAAUCCCAACGUGGUUCAAAUACUUUGAGAAAAGUGACAUCCAAUGCCAUCAAAGCUUCCAGUCCUGUACAGUCACCAGUCAAACAAAUGAACGAUGCCAAUCUAAGCAACAGCAUUCAAUAUCAAAAUACCAAUGGUUCUACCAAUCCACCAUCACCCAGUACUUCUUCUACACAAGAACCCAGACCUGAUAACGUUUCUCCAACACCAGAAACAUCAGCCGCAGCUGUAGCCGCAGCAGCAUCAUCAUCUGCAAUGGCACCAAGCUCACCCAGUGGCCAAGCCGUGGAAAGAACGAGUAUUGGCAAUUUGGUAAGUGAUGCCACCGCAGUGGACUCCAAUACCAAUACCCCACAACAUGCAGUGACAAAUCCCAAUGGCAAUGCCUUGCCAGAAUUAGUGGCCAGAAGAUCAACUUCCACCAGCGAGGAGAAAACAUUAACCACCACCAGUGCCAAUAACAUGGAGAGCAGCACCAAAGAUUUGGAUAAGGAUAUGAAUAAUGCCGCCGCAAGCACAACAAUAACCAAGACCGUUACAAGCGAGGAGAAAACUAUUAAGACCACAAAUACCACCGAAGGACAACAGCUCAAUGGUAACGACAAUGGCAAUAACAAUGAUGAUGGGGAUCAGGCAGUAGCUGUAGGUGUCACAACCACCACAAAUGGUAAUGCCAAUGACAGCGAUCUAACCACAUCCCUACCAGCCAGAGGUACCAAAUCCAAUAAUGCCAAUGCCAAUAAUAUGCCCACAGCAACAUCAGCAGCAGCAGCAGCAGGAACAGAUGAUGAUAACACUAAAAAACAAUCUGGAGGUAAUAAUCAUUUGAAUCAUGACAAUGAUCUGAAUAGAAAUAGAAGUAGCAUUGUAGUUGAACAAAGUAAAAAUCCCUUUGAAGAUGAGGAUGAUGAAGAUGAGCGAAUCUACGAAAUACCCAAGGAUGCCACCACUACCGAUUUGCCACCCGGUGUUCUUUAUCGUGUAAAGGCCACCUAUGGUUAUGUCAAGGAGGACGUUGACGAAUUGAGUUUCGAGGUUGGCGAUAUUAUUCGUGUCAUUGAAUACGAUGAUCCCGAGGAUCAGGAAGAAGGAUGGCUGAUGGGUGAGAAGGAGGGUACAAACGAGAAGGGUCUCUUCCCGGCCAACUUCACUAGGCCCAUCUAGGGAGCAGGCGGUGGCGGCCGAGGCAUCGGCAGCAAAAUCAGCAGUAGCAGCAUCACCAGAACAAAACUCAACAACUGUCAACGGUUAAGAAACCAAAAAUCAAUCAAAAUGUAUUCAGAGAGCAGCACACAAACAGCAACAACAGCAAUUACAAAACGCAAUACAAACCAACAAAAGCAGCAACAUAUGAAUCAAUAAAUAUAUUUAUUUAAUUUAAUAUUUUAGAACAAGAACAAAGCAACAACAGUAACAACAAAAUCUUCAUUGAAAGUAUAAAUAAAACACCCCUCUCCUCCCAAAAAAAUAUACCACAUUCAUUUUUAGUAGCACAAACUCCCCCUCUAAAGCAAUACAAUACAUAAUAACAAUAGCAACAACAAACAAUACAUUUUCUUUUCAAUUUUUUCUUCUUUUUUGGAGAAAAACAAAAACGCAAUGUAGAAAGCUUAAAUUUUUUGUAAAGAAAGUAGCCAAAACAAGAAUCAUAUAUUUCUUAUUAAAAAAAAAAAUAAAA